CCUGUAGCGUUUGUUGGGCUCGGAGGGUUGUUCUUUACCAUGUCUGGUCGCGGCAAGGGAGGGAAGGGCCUGGGCAAGGGGGGCGCCAAGCGCCACCGCAAGGUACUGCGCGACAACAUCCAGGGCAUCACCAAGCCCGCCAUCCGGCGGCUGGCCCGGCGCGGCGGCGUCAAGCGCAUCUCCGGCCUCAUCUACGAGGAGACCCGCGGGGUGCUCAAGGUGUUCCUGGAGAACGUGAUCCGGGACGCCGUCACCUACACGGAGCACGCCAAGCGCAAGACGGUCACGGCCAUGGACGUGGUCUACGCGCUCAAGCGCCAGGGCCGCACCCUCUACGGCUUCGGGGGCUGAGCACGCCCACCCCCAGCGGAGCGCUGCGUUUCUCAACCAAAGGCCCUUUUCAGGGCCACCUAUCCACUCUUACGAAGAGCUGUUCAUUUCUUAAGUAAUGUUUGCGUGCAGGCCUUUGCAAGUUUUGGAUCAAAUUAAUAUAACUUGCUACUGUGUAUCCUACCUUGUUUUUCUUAGUACAAAUUGCUUUGGAACAAUUUUAAUCUAACGGGGAGAGCGUAUAUGUUCUUCGUGUAAUCGAUCGCCUCCAGCACUGUUUAUACUUCGAACCCGGCAGGACGUUUCCACGUGCAGCUCCGCUUGUCUCCAGUGUCUGUUGGCUUGUAAUGGCGAGUAAUCUGGGACUUCUUACAGCGUCAUGCAGUUUUCAGGUAAUAGGUGAAGAUACUGUUGAUGGCAUUCCACACAUCCCAGGAGUGCGAAUCUGGUCUUUCAAACUCACGUCUUCAAGAUUCAAAUCCCACCUCUACGGAUCAGGAAAAAAGGGCUAAGUUCUUAAAUGGGUUGCCCAUUGUUCUGUCAAUUUAGUCUCAGACGACUGUCAGCUUUGCCAUUGUACACUUUAUUGUGCUCACAAUGGGUUUGAUUUUGUGAAGAAUCUGGGGGAAUCCUUUCUCUGUAGCCUGGCCGUUUUCAAUAAAAUGUGCUCACUGGAACAUAAAGGCAUAGCUAGGUAGAUGGGUCUCUAGCCUUAGGCAGGCAACAUGUCCUGCUUUGUCUGGCAGCAGAGGGAAGAAUGUAGCUAAGAUCAACAGGAAGUCAGCAGAAAUCACUCCCAGGUCUGGGCUUUAAAAUCUUCCCUUUUCCCACCCGAUAAGGUGAUCUUGCUUGAUCUAGCAGGGACAGCACGUCUUCGGGACACCAGAACGAUGAUUGAAGGACAAAGUGUCCUCCUUGGUCAGGAGGAGCACAGUUGCCCCCUUGGAGCUGGAUUAAUCACAGUGGAUCCGCCCUGUGUGACAUGAAUAGCUGUCUUUAGGCUAAUUUAUUGUUGAAUAUCUGUUACGGCAACUUUACAAACCAAAUACGGUUUCAUUUUUCUCAAUUUAUGUAGCAGUGUGGACAGUCCCUUUGUUGACCUGAAACUGCUUUUAAGGAAAGAUGAUUCCAAAUGGGCCUUUUCCCUUCAUAUCUGUUCUGCCAUGUUCCAUUCUUGACAGAAUACAGAGUAGGGGCUCAUUGCAUAUUAGAAACAAAUGCGUGGACCAUCCAUAUGUCUUAGGCAGUUGUAAUGUGGGUAUUUCAAAGUAUUGUCUCUUUUUAGUAGAGCUGAUCUUAACAAUAAGUAGAUCACAAACUCCUUUGAGAAUGUGUUAGAAAAUCUGCCUCUGGACAUAGACAUUUCAUGGGCCACAGGUUCCCCUGCUGCUCAUUCCAGGAACGCUCAGGACUCUACUGAUUCCUGCCAAAACCUGGAGUCUAGGAUUUCCGGGUCUGAGAUCUAGACAUCCAAAAUGUAAGAGAGGAAAAGGCAGACAUAUUUGCAUAAAGAACACUUUGAACAAGAAUAAUUUCAUUGUUUAUUUACUGUGGGCUGUAGACCUAUAUAUUCUUGAGAAGUUAGAUCAGGUCUUAACAGUUUGUAAUUCAAAAUGCAUGAUAAAUAGCCCAAUUUGAAAAAUUUUGAUUCUCAGAGGCCUGAAAGUACAAACUGAUUCCGUCUCACAUGAUUUGGGAGUAAAUAAAAACAAUAAGGAGUUUAUUUUCAGCCUGAUUCUGGAAGAAGUCCAUGAAUUUUUCUUCAGGCCCAUUGAACCUGUCUUCCAUCACCAGUCUUGAUAAAUAUACUAACAAGUUCUAAGUAUGUAGUCUAUGUCAUUGAGCAAAUCAUAGAUUAAGUUUACAAGUUCCCAAUAUCCCCUCACAGAUAGAAAGAAAGAAAGAAAGAAAGAAAGAAAGAAAGAAAGGAAAGAAAGAAAGGAAGAAGGAAGGAAGGAAGGAAGGAAGGAAGGAAGGAAGGAAGGAAGGAAGGAAGGAAAACUGGAAACCUUGUACAGAGGGAUGCUCAGUCUUUGUGUUUGUGUUGUCUUUGAUCAGGUCCCUUAACCUCUCUGUGUCUCUGUUUUCCCAUCUGUAAAAUGGGAUAACAGUAGAAUCUACCUUAUAGGUUUGGGGUGAAUAAAAUCAAAGCAUUUUGUCCCGUG